AUGAAGUUCCUAACGCUCUGCCUGCUUAUCUGUGUGCUCGGCUGCUGCCAAGCGGCGCCGCUGCAGCUGAUCAGCGAGACUGAGGAAGUGCCGCUAACACUAAUCGAUGUGGAUGUGGAUCUAGAGCCGGAGACUGAUAAUGAACGCGCAGCACGUGGCUUGGGCUUGGGCGGCUUUGGUGGCGGCUUAGGCGGCAAAUUUGGUGGCUUUGGCGGUUUGGGUGGACUGGGCGGUCUGGGACACAGUUUUGGCGGCUUUGGUGGGCUAGGACACGGCGGUUUCGGCGGUCUGGGUGGCUUCAAAGGACUCUUCAACAAACACUUUCGCUAA